AUGCCUGUGCACGGCAGGCAGCACUUCGCAUCGAUGGUCGAGUCAACUGCCAAACCGUCAAACUCAUAUGCAGCAUCCGAGGAAAAUGGAUGUUUGGGCAGGCAUACUAGGAAACCACCUAAUAGGGCCUUUACCUUACCGGAAAAUCUGGAAGGAAAUAUGUAUCUGAAUCUACCCGAUGAUUGCGGAAUGUCGACCGAAGCACGUCAUCCUGUGAUAGUCUAUAUUCAUGGGGAGUCCUUUGAAUGGAAUUCAGGGAAUCCUUAUGAUGGGAGCGUUCUAGCUUCCUACGCCGACUUAGUUGUAGUCACACUUAACUAUAGAUUAGGAAUCUUAGGUUUUUUAAAUGCAAACCCAGCCCCUCACUUGAAGGCUCGCGUGGCCAAUUAUGGCCUAAUGGACCAAAUAGCAGCACUUCACUGGAUACAGCAAAACAUAGCAUUAUUUGGAGGGGACCCAGAGAAUGUAACUCUAGCAGGUCAUGGAUCCGGAGCGGCUUGCAUUAAUUUCCUAAUGAUUUCACCCACGGUAAUGCCAGGACUCUUCCACAGAACCAUCCUUUUAUCUGGAUCUGCACUGUCUUCUUGGGCUUUGGUGGAAGAUCCCGUGAACUACGCCGUGAAGUUAGCUAAGGAAGUUAACUGUUCGAUACCAGACGACGUCGGUAAAGACCACGAGGCGAUAGUCGACUGUCUGAGAGAGACGUCAUUGGGAGAAUUACUCCAAGCCGAUGUGACGCCUCCAGCUUACCUCAGCGCCUUCGGACCUAGUGUUGAUGGAGUUGUCAUCAAGGCUGACUUCGCUAAGGAACUGGUUACCUACUUCAAGCCUCAGGACCUGCAGAACUUCGUAGGGCCAGUAAAUGCCAACAUGAAAAGGAGCGAGGCUAGUUUAACGCCUAGAGGAAGCAACCCCUACGAUCUCCUCUUUGGUGUAGUGACUAGUGAGGCGCUUUGGAGGUUUUCCUCUAACGACAUAACUGCGGGUUUCGAGGGGGAGCGAAGAGACAAAAUUAUUAGGACUUACGUGAGGAAUGCGUAUACGUAUCAUUUGAGUGAGAUCUUCUUUACGGUCGUUAACGAGUACACGGACUGGGAGAGGACAGUGCAGCAUCCCAUUAAUACUAGAGACGCAGCUGUAGCUGCUUUGAGUGACGCGCAGUUCGUAGCGCCUUUAGUGCAAACGGGAGACAUGUUGAGUGCGAAACCUCCACAACCUGGCCAGGAACCCAGCGGGCCAAAGACUUUCUUUUACGUGUUCGAUUAUCAGACGAAAGAUGGGGAUUAUCCACAGAGAAUGGGCACAGUACAUGGCGAAGAACUUCCUUAUAUAUUUGGUGCACCUUUAGUUGAUGGUUUCAAUCACUUCCCUAAAAACUACACACGAUCCGAGCUGGCUUUGGCGGAGUCGUUUAUAAUUUACAUCGCUAAUUUUGCUAGAACGGGGUGA